AUGAGGUGGCACAAAGAAGACCGUAUAGAAGAUGGUAAGCUGAGACAUCCAGCUGAUGCAGAGGCUUGGAAGCAUAUUGAUAAGACUUUUCCCAAUUUUGCUCAUGAAUGCAGAAAUGUCAGACUUGGGCUUUCUAGCGACGGAUUCAAUCCGUUCAGGGUUAUGAGUUCAGGUUGGUCUACAUGGCCAGUUGUCUUAAUGCCAUUUAAUUUACCCCCACUGCUUUGUAUGAAACAACCGUAUAUGAUACUCUCAUUACUGAUACCGGGUAAGCAUGCACCGGGUAAUGAUAUUGAUGUCUACUUAGAGCCCUUAAUUGAUGAGCUAAAACAGUUAUGGUCGGAGGCUUAUGCUAAUCUUUCUGGUUGGUCUACAAAAGGCAAGUUUGCUUGUCCAGUAUGUGGCCCAGAAUUUGAAGGCCUUCACUUACCAUAUAGUCGAAAGUGUUGUUAUUGGUUCAACAGGAGAUGGUUGCCCUCGGGCCAUAAAUACAGAAAAUUGAGCAAUAAGUUUGACGGCACUGUUGAGACUAGGAAUAAACCACGUCAAAUGACCGGUGCUGAUAUUGUAAAGUUGCUUGAGCAUCUUCCUAAAAUUAGAUUUGGUAAGAACCGAUAUUCUAAGUACGACUCACUCAAAGUUAGAGGCUCCGGUAAAAAGAAAAAGACACUGAAGAGGAAGAGAGCAUUCCAACGGGCACAUGUUGAUAAUAGAGUCGAUAAAUUACCAAAGGGAUGGAGUAAAUUCAGUAUCUUCUUCCAGCUGCCAUACUGGCAAAAGCUUAAAAUCAGGCAUAACUUGGAUGUCAUGCAUAUUGAGAAAAAUGUUUGCGACAACAUAGUUUCAACCCUCCUUCAAGAUCCUAAUAAGUCAAAUGAUGACCUAAGGGCUCGACAAGACUUAGCUGCAUUGAAUAUCCGGGAAGAUUUGCAAGCACAAGAUGUUGGACUUAGGAAAAAACAUAAGCCUUCCUCUCAUGUUACGAUGUCGACCGAGCAGAUGCAGAGAUUUUGUGAGGUCCUCAAAUCAGUAAAAUCACCGGAUGGGUAUUCAGCUAAUAUAUCAAAUAAUGUCCAGGUGCAGGAGAGGAAGCUCUUAGGCCUAAAGACCCAUGAUUAUCACGUUCUUCUACAUCAAUUGCUCCCGGUUGCAUUGCGUAAUAAUAUGGAGAAAGAAGCAUCGAAAAUUAUCAUGGAGUAUUGUGGGUUCUUCAGAAAAUUGUGCUCAAAAGUUAUAGAUGUGAAGGAAUUUAAAAAGCUUGAAACAAAAAUAUCAUUAAUUUUGUGCAACCUGGAGUUAAUAUUUCCUCCUUCCUUUUUCACGGUCAUGGUCCAUGUUACUCAACAUCUAGCUAGCGAGGCAAUCAUUGCGGGUCCUGUAUCUUACCGUUGGAUGUACCCAAUUGAGAGAUAUUUGGGGUUUAUGAAGCGUCUAGUUCGCAAUCGAGCUCAUCCUGAGGGUUCUAUGGCUGAAGGUUACGUUGAUAAAGACGUUCUUGCUGGUGCCGUAAUCUCUGAAGAUAUUUUAGUUCACACACAAUGUCCUUACUAUGAAGUGAGACGAUAUAGUGAACACAUCAUUAAUGGGUAUAAGUUUAAAACAGUGGCGACCAAUGAUAAGAGGUUAGAAGAUAUUGUAGAGAUAAUUUACGGCUAUGGUAAAAAAAGUCAGCGUAAUUAUUGCAUGUUUAAGGUUCGCUGGAGUCCUGCCAAACCGCGCAAGGAUCAUUAUGGGUUUACACUAGUAAACCUCGACAAAGAGAUAUAUCUAGAUGAGAAGUUCAUAUUCGCAGAACAGGCGGACCAGUGCUUCUAUGUGAAAGACCCAAAGGUUGCCGCCGAUUGGGUCGUGCUAUACAAGGAGCCAAGAUCUAUUGUCCUCCCUAAUAAUAACGCCGAUAGUGAUGAGGACAAUGAACCAAUUGGUUCUUCUGAUGAAAUUUGGCAGAUGUUCUCUUACCCUCAGAAUGUCAUGCUUGAUAUGACAGAUGCGGAGGUUCACGCUGACAACCCAAUUUUAGCCAGGGAUAGAGAACCAGAGGCAGAUGUGCAACUAGAAUCAACUACUAGUAGACGAAAGCAGGCAACAAUACAUUUACGGCGGGCCCAAGUCAUAAACCCGUACUUCAAAUUCAAGGAGCUUCCAUGGUCCGCAUACGAGGAUAUAUGGACAGAGCUGAUGAAAUACUAUUGUCUUGAGGACUACCCUGGGGCGUGA